AUGUCGAAACCGGUGUUUCCAGCUGAGGCAGGCACGAAGGAAUAUGCUGCCGCUCUCGACGCCGCUGACCAGCUUGCGGGGUUCCGGGAUAAGUUCAUUAUACCCUCGAAGGCUAACAUCGCUACUAAAAGGCUAGCGAAGCCUGGCCUCUCACCCGAGCCAUGCAUCUACUUUUGCGGCAACUCCCUGGGUAUCCAACCCAAGGCCGUGGCAAAGUAUCUGGAGGCACAGCUAGAUACAUGGGCAUCCAUUGGAGUGGGUGGUCACUUCACUGACAUCGAGGAUUCCCCGUUGAAGCCAUGGCAAUUGCUGUCAGAGCAAGCGGCGGAGUCGAUGUGUAAAAUCGUCGGCGCACAGCCGGAAGAAGUCACGGCCAUGGGAACCCUGACGGCAAACUUACACAUGUUGCUCGCCAGUUUCUAUAAGCCGACUGCGACUAAGCAUAAGAUCCUCUUGGAUUGGAAGGCUUUCCCCAGUGACCAUUAUGCAAUUGAGUCUCAUAUCGCCUGGCACGGCCUCGAUCCCAAGGACUCUAUGGUGCUCGUUGGGCCCGAAGAGGGCGAGUAUGAGGUUCCCACAGACAGAAUCUUGUCUUAUAUCGACCAGCAUGCUGCAGACGCUGCCCUCAUCCUCCUUCCUGGAAUUCAGUACUACACGGGGCAGUUCUUCGACAUGCCGAAAAUCACGGAAUACGCUCACUCGCGAGGCCUUGUAGUAGGCUGGGACCUGGCCCAUGCGUACGGCAACGUCAUUCUUAAACUACACGACUGGGAUGUGGAUUUCGCAGCCUGGUGCACUUACAAAUACGGAAAUGCUGGACCAGGCGCCAUCGGCGGUCUAUUCGUUCACGAAAAGCACGGCCGCGUUGAUUACAGCGAGGGAGAGGAUGCCCCCAAGUUCCGGCAUCGUCUGACGGGAUGGUAUGGUGGAGAUAGGUCCGUGAGGUUCAAGAUGGAUAAUAAGUUCAAGCCAAUCCCCGGGGCAGGAGGUUUCCAACUGUCCAAUCCGUCUGCAAUCGACCUUUCGGCGCUUUGCGCAUCACUUUCCGUUUUCGACGAGACGUCCAUGACAGAGCUUCGAAAGAAAUCAGUCUUGUUGACGGCGUAUCUCGAGUACCUGUUACUAAAGGACACAACGGACGACACUCGUCAAUUCCGCAUCAUCACACCCGCCGAUCCCGAGGCUCGGGGCGCCCAGCUCUGCCUCUUGCUCAAGCCAGGCCUGCUGCAAGGUGUCGCGGAGAAAUUGCAAGACGCGAGCGUAAUAUGCGACAAGCGAGAGCCUGGUGUGGUGCGCGUUGCCCCUACUCCACUAUACAAUACGUUUACCGAGGUAUGGACGUUUGUGAAGAUAUUCCGGGAUGCCCUGGAGCAAUGAUGUACUACGCCUAGAGCCUUUGCCGGCUGAGGCAGCGCACCACCAUUCACUCGCAGGAGGCAGGUUUCUUGGCCCUUGUUUAUGUGUAUAUAAUAUGUCUUAGAAAUUCCCAAAGCCCUCGCGGUU